AUGGGUGUCAAAAUCGGCGUCUUCCCCGCCUCCGGGGCCCUUGGAUCAAGCAUUGUGAACCAUCUGGCGAAGCUAGUCCCAGAAUCCGACCUGAUUCUGAUUUCCCGACGGCCCGAGAAGCUGGACGACAUCAAGCAAGCUGGCGCUACGGUACGCAGAGCCGACUAUGAUGAGCCAUCAACAUUAGGCACAGCUUUUGAUGGCGUAGAUGUCUUGAUGCUAGUUUCAUAUGCUUCAUUCGAGAUAGAUCACAGAGUCAAGGCACACCGUCUUGCUAUAGAUGCAGCCAUCAAGAGUGGCAUCAAGCACAUCUUCUACUCCUCUCUUGGAUUCGGCGGUGAUCUAACUGAUCAGAGCGUUGCUCAUGUGAUGGGCGCCCACAUCGAAACAGAGAAAUACCUAUCUUCCCUGAAAGAUACGGUGUCCUACACCUCAGUCCGCGAGGGUCUCUACGUUGAAUCCUACCCGAUCUAUACCGCGUUCUACGAUCUACAAAAUCCAGCGGACAAAGUCACGAUCCCUCACUCGGGUAAAGGCCCAGGCGUGUCGUGGGUUAAGCGCGAUGAGCUGGGUGAGGCGACUGCCAAGUUAAUUGUCUCGUAUGUCAAUGACCCGACGAGCUUCGAGUAUUUGAACAAGGCUGUUCUGCUCUCUGGGCCACGGGAGAUCUCUCUUGCAGAGACGGUUGAGAUUCUCGGUCGGGCGGUUGGAAAAACGCUCAAGAUUCGUGAGAUCACUGUCGAUGAGUAUGUGAAUAUUCCUGGGAUUGCUGAGAAGCAGACAUACAAGGGGGUUAAUCUGUCGAGGGAGUGGGCUACGGCUUGGGAAGCUAUCAGACGGGGCGAGACAGCAGUUGUGUCUCCGGUUCUAAGUGAGAUCUUGGGACGUGAACCUGAAAGCUUUGAAACUACUAUUAAGGCGAUGGUUGGAUGA